GCUCUCUUUCUCUCCCCCUCUCUCUAUGACCUCUUUCUUGAUGAAAGCGGGGGAAAACACUUGUCUUCGACUCAUAUCUUUGGACUACGACAAAGCAGCUGCCGAGGUGGAUUGCAUAGAAGAAAACGUUCGCCGCUGAACUGCAUACACCGCUGCGUCGCGUCGCUUACGCAUCCGCCGCUUUGGUGUUCUGUCUUCUUCAUCCCACAGCUACCUCUUUUGUUUGUACACCACGGGGCGACAAACAACUUAUUUGCUUUCCUCCUUUUUCUUCAUUCUCACAUCUCUCCGGUCAACGACCGCGAAAACAAAUCAAUCAAUGAAAGUAGAGAUCAUUGAGUGUAUCAAGAAGGAGCACGCGGCAGGUGAGACGCUGGUGUUCAAGCUCAAUGAGGUAGACAGCUCCUUCGCAAAUGCGCUGCGCCGUGUGAUGCUGGCCGAGGUCCCCACGCUCGGCAUCGAGUCUGUCACGAUUCGUCAGAACACCUCCGUGCUGCCGGAUGAGAUGAUCGCCCACCGCAUGGGUCUCGUUCCGCUCUUCUCUGAGAAGGCAAAGCGGCUGAACUUCCCGCAGGACUGUAGUUGUGGUGGUGGCGGCUGUCCAGAUUGCCAAAUCACCGGCUCCUUACGGGUGGAGUGCCCAUCGAAUCAACAUAGCAUGCAAGUUUUUAUCGGUGACUCCCUCCACAUCGACGACGAGGAGGUGUACCCUGUCAGCGCCGAGGAGCACGGUAUUUGGCUCGUCACAUUAGGCCGCAGUCAGGUGCUGGACUUGCACGUGGUGAUCCGCAAGAACAUCGCCAAGACACACGCCAAGUUUAUGCCAGUGGCCACGGUGGCCAUGCGCUACGCACCCGAUAUCCUGCUCAACCCGAACGGCUUCCAAAGCCUCGGGAAGGAGCGGGCGCGGGAGUGGGUGGCGCGGUGCCCGCGAAACGUCUUCCGCUUUGUGGAGCGCACCGGCAUGGUAGAGGUCCAGGACGAAGACGCGUGCAUCUUCUGCCGUGAGUGCACCGCGCAGGAGCCGCCCUUCGACAAACUGCCCGAGCCGCUCGUCUUUGUGCGGCCCAAGAAGAAUAAGAUGGGCUACUUCGACUUCACCUUCACCGUUGAGUCCACAGGCGUAUUGCCGGUACUGCAAAUUGUGUACGACGCCGUGGCGGUGCUGCGCAAAAAGCUGCAGCGCGUCGGCGAAGGCUUAAUGAAGGACCCCAACGCUGACGGGGUUAAGAUGCGCACUAUUGGCCAGGCCCCCACGGCGCAGGUGGUGCCCAACGCGGAUGCCGUGCGCCGCGGUGCGGAGGAGGACAACUUAGACUUCACGAUGCAAUAA